AGCAACCACAUCCAAACCAAAAACCUGCGACGGGAGCCUAGACUGUAUAGUGUUCCAUUUCAAGCUUACGUUCAUGUGUGUCGUGGUGGUGUUCAUGCCUUUCUUGUUCCACUGAAACGCAACGCUUCGCUUCCUUUAAACGACACUCGUUUUGUUCUGUUCUGUUCUGUUCUGUUCUCUGGUGGAAUGGGGACUCUGACGAGUUGCAGUUUCAUGCCUCUGAACUCGGAGUUCCGGUCCAACCCGGUUCGACGCGCCUUCAGGGAGAGGAUUCAGUGCCACGAGCUCAAUCGAUUGAGGGGAAGGUCUUGUUUCUUCACACACACGCAUUUAUCGAAAUGGGGGAAGUGCAAGCAUAUCAAUUUUGAUAGGUUUAGGUGUUUUGCUAGUAACAACAAUAACAAGGACGUUGUUGAUGGUGAAGGUGAAAGUGUUAAUAAUGAUUCUAAAUCCAACAUAACCACAGCGAUUCCUGAGGAAGAGAGAGGGUUCAAUUCGGAAAAAUCAACGCCUCCCUCCACUUCUCAUAGGUCAUCUUUGUCCUCACUUGGAUCUGCAUACAACAAUUUUGAAGUUGAUUCUUUCAAACUUAUGGAGCUCCUUGGACCUGAGAAGGUUGAUCCUACCGAUGUAAAGCUAAUUAAGGAUAAGCUUUUUGGUUAUUCGACCUUCUGGGUGACCAAAGAGGAGCCUUUUGGAGACCUGGGAGAAGGCAUUCUUUUCAUUGGAAAUUUGAGGGGAAAGAGAGAGGAUGUUUUUUCCAAACUCCAAAAUCAGCUAGUUGAGGUCACAGGUGAUAAGUACAACCUUUUUAUGGUGGAAGAACCCAAUUCAGACAGUCCUGAUCCACGUGGUGGGCCACGUGUUAGCUUUGGUUUGCUGCGGAAGGAGGUUUCUGAGCCAGGGCCAACAACACUUUGGCAAUAUGUCAUUGCGUUGUUAUUGUUUCUCCUAACUAUUGGUUCCUCAGUGGAGCUAGGAAUUGCAUCUCAGAUCAACAGACUUCCCCCAGAAGUUGUGAAAUACUUCACGGAUCCUGAUGCUGUUGAAGCCCCAGAUAUGGAGCUGCUAUUUCCAUUUGUCGAGUCGGCUUUGCCUUUAGCAUAUGGUGUCUUGGGGGUUCUUCUGUUUCAUGAGGUUGGGCACUUUCUAGCAGCAUUUCCUAAGCAAGUAAAAUUAAGCAUUCCUUUCUUCAUUCCUAACAUCACACUUGGCAGCUUUGGUGCUAUUACUCAGUUUAAAUCCAUCCUUCCUGAUAGAAGUACAAAAGUGGACAUAUCACUUGCGGGACCCUUUGCUGGUGCUGUCUUAUCAUUUUCGAUGUUUGCUGUUGGUCUUCUUCUCUCAUCUAAUCCUGAUGCGACUGGAGAUUUGGUUCAAGUUCCUAGCUUGUUAUUUCAAGGUUCCUUGCUUCUUGGAUUAAUCAGUAGAGCAACUCUUGGUUUUGCAGCAAUGCAUGCUGCAACAGUUGCCAUUCACCCUCUCGUGAUUGCAGGCUGGUGUGGCUUAACCAUACAAGCUUUUAACAUGCUUCCAGUGGGGUGCCUUGAUGGUGGAAGAGCAGUGCAGGGUGCUUUUGGAAAAAGUGCACUAAUUGGCUCUGGUUUGACUACUUAUACAUUGCUUGGUUUAGGAGUGCUUGGUGGACCACUUUCACUUCCUUGGGGACUUUAUGUUCUGUUAUGUCAGAGGACACCGGAGAAACCAUGCUUAAAUGAUGUGACAGAGGUUGGAACAUGGAGAAAGACAUUUGUGGCUGUUGCUACUUUUCUUGUUGUCUUGACUCUACUACCUGUGUGGGAUGAGCUAGCAGAGGAGCUGGGUAUAGGUCUUGUAAAUGCAUUUUGAUGGUUAUGUGUAGACUAAAGCCAUAUUUGAAAUUGAGCAGUGAAAUAUAUAGGUUAAUUCAUUACCAAAGCAAAGCCAAAUUCAAUUCUAUACGAGGUUUACCCCUCGUUUACUUGGCAAAAAAUGUUAAAAAUCGAAUUUUACCAGUUGCUUCCUCAAAAAAAAAACGGUCUAUUCCUGUUAGGAAAAUU